AUGCUCUGGUCCACUGGAGGGGUCCUGCUGAACAGCGAGCUCCCCACCUGCACCUGCAGCAUCUACCAGCCCUGGGGUUCAUCCUACAGCUCCAUCUGCACCAAGAGAGCCACCCAGCAGUACGUGGGCAGCUUCUCCUCCAGCCUGCUUUCAGAAGUGUGAGCAGCUUUCAGAAGUGUAAGCAGCCUGACAACUUCUUGAAGAGCUCUCUUCUGGCUCCUCAGACGACUUCCAGCCUCUGAGAGGGACAGGCUGGCCAGCAGCAGAGCCAGCAUUAUGGUCCAGGACAAACUCACUGCUUCUAAGUGCCAGCUUGCUCCGCGUGGCUACCAGUGCAUGUUGUGCUGCCCCACCUUCCCCACACCACGGCUGCUCAAGACCCAGAUCCAGCACAGCUCCCAGGAGGGCUACACCUUCGAGAGAUUCUACUGCAGGCCCGAGGUCCUGGGGGAGCAGGAGGUCAAGGCACAGGAGGCUGCAGCCCCCGGGGUGUCCGUGCAGCCCCAGCAACCAGGCGGCUGCCACGGGAGGGCACUGCUCCAUCACUCCUGCCAGCAGCACAUUGAGCUGUUUCAGGAGCAGUCAGCUCCUGCCACAUGA